UCGGUGCACGACUUUAAGUUUUUAUCGCAAACAAUAUUUUGGAAUUAAAAAGUACAUUAAUUGCAGUAUCUUGGCAUAAUAUAAAGCUAAAAGCAGCAUUAAUCGUUGAUAGACUUAUACAAAUCACAUAGUUAUUGUCCAAAAGUAUUCGGAAAUUGCUGUAUUUUUCAAAGUGAAAUGGGUGACAAAAUUGAGAAGCUCUAUCAAAUUUAUGAUCUUUUAAAUGAAGCAUCAGACAAAUCAAAGCAUGAGUGCGAAUAUCUGGAAAUAUUGGAAGCAGCAAGAGGAUCUGACAAGGAGAAGAAGCUGGCCACUCAAUUUAUUGGAAAAUUCUUUAAAUUUUUCCCAAGUCUGAGUGAAACUGCUAUUGAUCGUCAAUUAGAUCUAUGUGAAGAAGAUGAUGUUUUGAUAAGACGAAUGGCAAUUAAGGAACUGCCAACAUUUUGCAAAGAUGCUAAGGAAAAUACACCAAGAAUCAGUGACAUUCUCGCACAAUUACUCAAUUCAUCAGAUCCAAAUGAACUUCAACAAGUCAACUUAUCACUACAAUUGCUUGCUAAGUUUGAUGCUAUCGGAACGAUUUCUGGACUUUUUCAUCAGAUUAAGCAAGGAGACGAGAAUGUAAGAUUGAGAUGCUUAGAAUUUGUUGGCAAUAAGAUUAUGAAAAACACUGAAAUUAUGACAAAGCCAAUAGAAGAAUUUAUUAUUGCUGAGAUUAAGAAACUCUUACAAGACGUUUCAGCUGACGAAUUUCAAAAGUGUAUCCAAAUAUUGAGUGCUACAAAUUUGGGUACAUCCAUUACAGGUCAUCAAGAGAUUGUAAAAUUGUGUGCCGAGCAGGCUGAUAUUGAUACAAACGUUUCUGACAUUUCGGACGAUAUUUACAUCUUCUUGACAUGCGUAAAUCAAGCUUUGCCAUUCUUUUCAUCUAAAAUUGAGUCAACUACAUUUGUUAAGCACACUUGUGAGAAGCUCCUUCCUCUAGAUUUCUGGCAUUUAAUUGGGGCUGCUGAUGACGAUCAGACACAAAUUCAAUUAAGGCUUUUAAAAGUAUUUGCUGAACUGUGUGCUCAUUGUGGAUCACUUGAGAAUCCAAAAGAGAAAAUUGAGACAGUCUUUAAUGUUUUAAUGGAAUUCCUACCACCACCUCCAGAAGACAUGAAUGAAACUCCAUUGAUCUUAUUCUCACAUGUUGAAUGCUUACUUUAUGCUAUUCAUGCUUUAGGGAAACAGAGUCCUGAGUAUUUAUCGUUUAAAGAUGAUGAACCUAAGUUGAAGGAUUUCCGAGCUCGUUUGCAGUACUUAGCACGCAGAACUCAAGGAUAUGUAAAGAAGCUUCAGACGGACAUUAAGGAAGAGACUGUUGACCCAAAAACUGAUGAAGAGAAAAUCAAAAUUAUUGGCUUGAAAACAACAUCAAAUAUCCAGACACUCAUUCGUGACCUCUAUCAUCCAAGUUAUAAGUCUGUCAUUAAUCUAAGCUGGACAAAUGAGAAGGCAAAAACACCUACAAACAGCAUUACAGCACCAGCAGCAACAAAAACGAAUGAGCAGUCAAAUAAUACAAACAACAGAAAGCGACCAAUUGCAUUCACGAAAAAAGACGGUCCAUCAAAUCAUAAGCAGGCCAAGCAAAUGUAUUCACCACCUUCAGGCAAGUUCUCAUCACGCAUCGGUACACAAUCGUCACAAAAUAACAAUAAGUUUAAUAACUUUAGAGGUAAGUUUAGAGGAAGACGCAAUGACAAACCUUAUAAUAAUAAUAAAAACAGACAAUAUUAAGUCAUUUUUGCGUUACAUUUUAAGGAGAUCUUUAAUACAAAUUUUUAAUGAUUAGGUAAAACUUUUCAAGUAAGAAGUUUUUUUUUGUAAAAAUUAACUAUUGCUGUUCUUUAAUAAUCUACACAAAUCC